AUGGAUAAAUUAAGAACCGAUGAUAUCAAAAAAGCAAAGGAUACUCGAACUGGGGUGACGAAGCAAACGAUCCGUAGAGGAGUUUGGCAAUAUUUUGAUGCAAACCAACAACUUUCACUGUUCCCGCGUCCAGUGUACAACAGGAUCCCAAACUUCAAGGGAGCCUUUGAUGCUGCGCAGAGAUUGUCUGAUCUAGACGUCUUCAAACAGGCUAAGACCGUUUUAGUCAACCCAGAGAAGUCCUUAGAAUUAGUAAGAAUACUGGCUUUAAGAAAAGGUAAACAAUUAGUAGUCCCUGCCCCUCGAUUACAAUUUUGCUUACUAACCAAAUUUGAUAUGCCUGAGAACAACUCUAGGUACCACUUACGAAAAGCAGUCAGUCUUAGAGGAUUAAGUGAAGCCCCACCUGUUGACAUGAACACCGAAAUCAAUAUUGAUUUACUGAUCAUUGGAUCUGUUGCAGUGUCAAAAAACGGUUUGCAAAUUGGUAUAGGUCGGGGUUACACCGAUCUCGAAUUUGCAAUUAUCCAGCAUAUUAAAGCUCUUACUCCAAAUACAUUGAUCGUAACGUUAGUGCAUGAUUGUCAGGUGAAAGACAAUAUGCCCAGCACAUUGUUCGAGGCUCAUGAUGUGCCAGUAGAUGUAAUAGUAACCCCGACCAAAACCAUAAUGGUUUCAGACCGACCUCCGCGGCCAACUCACAUAAUGUGGAAUUUGAUAUCUGAAAGGCGUUUAAAUACUGUAAAUGCCUUGAAGAGAAUAAAAGAAGAUGAAGAGGCAGCUGGAAAGAAGAUCGUGUUAAAAGAGGUAGACACUGAGCAUGAAAGCGUGAAGAAAGUAAGAGUUCCCGAUAAAUUUAACCAAAGAAAGAGGCCCAGUAAUUCGGCAAAGAAUAGCGAAUCAGAGCCAAAUGAGGGUGAUGGUGAUGCAUUUGUGCAUAAACGCUACGGACGUAGAUUUAGAGGACGACGUGUCUCUGAAAUGGAGGACAACGACUUAUCUGACGAAGAUGGCCAAACCAAACGCGAUAAUUUGCGAAAGAGGAGCACGCCUAGAAUGGAGACGCAGAUUGCAUUUAGCGUAAAGUUGGGAAACCUUGCAAAAACCGAUCGUGUUCGUGACAUUAAGUCUGCUUUGGCAAAACGUGGUGUGAAGCCCUUUGAUAUAACAUGGAGAGGAGUGGAAGGUUUUUGUUAUUUGCAUUUCGCAAAGAAACCUCCAGGUGUGGACUCCCUUGGAGUAGACUCUAUUAUCAAAACACUUUCUGGUAUGAAAGUUGGCGGCAGCCAAGUAGAAGGAACUAACUUUCGCGAACCACAUAUUUUGACUGUGCAGCCUACUAGGCCAAUCACAGGAUUUAAAUAA